AUGGCCCUCCUUACACUGCCACUAGAGCUACUAGAACUCAUCACCGACAAUUUAACCUCGCUCGAGGACAUUAAUUCACUAGUCCGCACCAACCGGCGUCUGUACGGACUCUUUAACGACCGUCUCUACCGCCACGACGUCCACUUCUUCAAAUCGUCCGCUCUGCUCUGGGCUUCCGAGAAAGGCCAAUUGCAGACCGCCAAAGCCUCCUUGCAAGCUGGAGCAGACGCCAAUUCCCCUGAUGCUGACGGGAAUACACCACUGUUUCUCGCGACUUGCACCGGACACUCCCGAAUAGUGCAGCUCCUACUAGACAAUACUGAGGUGGAACCGAACUGGGAACACCAUUUCUACCAUAGAAGCAUUCUGGGAUACGCCUCCAUAUUUGGAUACACCAGCGUAGUCAAGAUCUUGCUCGAUCAACACAAAAACCGUAUUAGUCUCGAGUCCAAAGACAGAGCGGGACAGUCCGCAUUGUCGCUGGCCGCGCAGCAUGGGCACAUCGAAAUCGUGAGGCUCCUACUCGCCCAGGAUGGCGUGGAUCCCAACUCCGGUGACAUGUACGAUCGCGGCCCCUUGUCGCUAGCUGCGUGGUACGGCCACGAGCAGAUCGUACAGGUGCUUCUUCGCGUUCAGGGCAUCAACGCACACGCUAGAGAUGCUCAUGGGCUAACUCCGUUGGCACUGGCUGCAUGGAACGGUCAGGCAGCGGUGGUAGAGCUCCUGGUGCAACAACCUGGUGUCGACGUCAAUUCACAUGAUAUUUUCAAUCAGUCAGUUUUAAUGCUGGCCGUGCGUCGGGGUCAGGCCAACGUGAUCCAGCUCCUACUAGAUCAUGGGGCGGAUCCUAAUGCACAGGAUGUGAACGGACGCUCCAAUUUGUCCAUGGCUGCGCUCUAUGGGCACGAGAGUGUCGCUCAUCUCUUUUUGUCAAAUCCGGAAUGGAAGGUCGAGGCGGAUGUGGAAGAUGUGCAUGGAGUGACACCAUUAGAGGUCGCGACACGGUGUUGUCAUACCGAUAUGGCUGCCGUACUCUCUUCGGGGUUUGAGCUGGAGUUGUAA